AUGUGUACAGAAGAAUGUAACAGCAGUCAUCAUUUACAACUGGUCCAUUCAUCAUCAAUAAGACUUACUGUAUCAAUACUCAUAACCCAGAUCUUUGUAUGGCCAUUUAUCUACAUUAACAUCCUUAUGCUUUUUACGUUUUUUAGGAAACAAGCCUUCACAACCGAAACGCGCUAUAUUCUCUUUGCCCAUACUUUAUUUGUGGACUUAAUUUUUCUUAUGCUGACAGAUUUUAUAAUAAUCAUUUCAUAUGGCUAUGUACUGAUGCCCAUGGCAUUCUGUAUUCCAUUUUGCAUGCUCAUGGAGACACUUACAACAUGCACGCCAUUAACUAUCACUGCAAUGUGUGUGGAACGUUAUGUGGCCAUUUGCAUGCCUCUGAGACAUAGUUCUAUCUCCACUGUCAGCAGGACCUUUAAAGCUAUUUUUAUUAUUUGGAUUAUAAGCUUCCUAAGACCUCUUGUGGAUCUGCUCACCCUUGUAACAACUGCCUCGAAAGAAUAUCUGUCUCAGUUUACUUUCUGUUAUUAUGAAAUUAUGAUGCCAGAAAACUGGCACCGCUUUAUGAGGGGUGUUCUAUAUAUCUUAAAUUUUAUAAUAGUUUUACUUGUUGAGUUAUUUUGUUAUGUUAUGAUUGUGAUCUCUGCCAAAGCAGCCUCUGUUGACAAGAAGUCAGCAGUUAAAGGUCUGCGCACCAUCUCUUUACAUAUGCUUCAGCUCACACUGUGUACAGUUGAAAUAAUUUGUCCAUAUAUUGAAACAUUAAUUAUGGAGCUAGAUAUCCAGUUGUAUCUGUCAGUCCGGUUUUCCAAUUUCAUAAUAUUCAAUCUUAUCGCCAGGGCAGUGAGUACACUUGUUUAUGGUUUAAAAGAUGAAAGAUUUUAUUCAGCACUACUGUACUACAUUAGAUGUAGACAAGGUAAUAUUUCAUCUGACAGGAGAGUACCAAAUAUUGUCAAUAUAGAAAGAUAA